AACCCGACACCAACAUCCCCACUCCACCUGCCACUUUCCGAAUCCUCCACCCUCCACAAUCCUUCACCACAACCCCCCACGACAACGCAAAAUGACGACCCCAACACCGCAAACCUGGACCCUGCGCCUCAAACACGCCCGCACAACGCUCUUCCUGCACAUCGACCCGCUCCUGCCCUUCAGCGCCAUAAAAACCGCUCUCUACGACGCACUCACAGAAACCGCCUCCGACGACCUCAGCAGCCCGGCAUCCGCGCUCCCUCCCUCCGCAGAAGCGCUCCAACUCGGCCGCCCCGUCGACCCGCUCGACGCCUCGCGCGGCUUCGUGCUGGGCGAGUGGGAAGUCGACGACUCACUUGACGCGACCACGCUCGAGUCGGACAGCGAGGUGCAGCCGAAAAACGGAAAGGGGAAGGGCAAGGCGAAAGUUAAUUCGAAACCGUCAGACUGCCCCAAGGGCGCGGGACUGCGCGAUAAUGCGGUGUUGGCGUAUCGGUGGGAGGGCGGCGCGGCGGACGAGGGGUGGGAGGUUGAGGUGGCGAGUUUUGAGGAUGCGUAUGGGGCUGUCAAUGAGGGGGAUGUGGGGGGGAGGGGGGAGUUUGAGGGGUGA